AUGAACCUCAGAGGGAAGUCGCUAUACCGUGUUAUGCGUCUCUGCUCUUGUUUGGCUUUUGGACUAUACGGUUACGAUGCUGGUGUUCUUGGCGGAGUUCAAGAGACCCGCCCUUUUCGUGAGGCGCUUGGGAAUCCGACCGGGCCUUAUAUAAUUCCAAUGGUAGCUUCAAGCUAUACACUCGCUGCGACAGUCUGCGCACUGGCAGUCUCGUGGCUCGGCAUGCCUUUGGGUCGAAGGGGCUGUAUCGUCAUGGGCAAUGCUCUCGUGGUUGUUGGUGGAAGUAUUCAAGCAUCUUCUUGGUCUGUGGCUCAAAUAAUCGUUGGAAGAGUGCUAUGCGGAUUCGGAAUUGGGUUCAUUUCCUGUGCCGUGCCAACUUAUAUGGCCGAGAUGAGCAUUACCGAGAAGGAGCGUGGCCCGGAGGUGGCAUUCCAAUGCGUAUUCCUUGUCAGCGGUUGUGCAUUUGCCUAUUGGGUUGACUUUGGCUUAACUCGACUUGACAAUCAGUUUUCGUGGAGAUUCGCCCUGGCUCUACAAGCCGGCUUUGCAGCAUUAUCAGGAGUCGGUAUGUUCAUACUCCCAGACACGCCACGAUGGUAUUAUGUUCGCGGUCGGCUCGAGGAAGGAGACGAAGUCCUAUCGCGCCUCUAUGACCGACCUGUGUUGGAUUCUGAUGUCCAAGCAAUGCGACAGUCAAUUCUGCAGUCUUUGGAACUUGAGUCUGAGGAGACCAAAUCCUUGAAUGUGCUUGAUUUGUUCUGGGAUCGUACUGACCUGCGUGUGGGCCGACGAUUACGCAUUGCGUUUUUGAUCUUGUCGGUGCAACAAAUGAUGGGAAUCAAUGUGGCUGUUUAUUACAGUGUCAAAAUCUUUUCCCAGAUUGGCCUCUCCUCCACUAUGUCUCAACUUCUCGCCGCGGUGAUGAAUACUGUCUUUGCAAUCGGCUCCCUCUUUUUACCCGGCACUAUCGAGAAGUUUGGCCGAAAAAACAUAAUGAUGUACUCUGCUGUGUGUCUAACAAUCUGCUUGACUAUAUUUGUCGCGAUGAUUGGAUCUCCACACCCCACACUCACAAAGCAAUGGGUCGCAGUGGCUUCCAUCAUAGCCUACAACCUCAUUUUCGGAUAUGGCUGGAUUGGCGUUUGUUGGCUGUAUGGCCCCGAGAUUGCACCGCUGCAGUUUCGCCACAUUGGAGGUGCUGCUAGUGCCUUUGGGGAAUGGCUUUUCUGCUUUAUCACCGUUUUUGCUGGGGGAAUUGGACUUGAGAAUGUGGGUUGGAAGCUCUGGCUAUGGUGCCUGUUAGCGUGCGCGGUGGCGGUGCCAUUUGUUUACUUCGUGUGCCCGGAGACAACUGGUAAGACUUUGGAAGAGAUAGAUUUGCUGUUCAAAAAGGAUGGUACCGGUCAUCCACAACAUGAAUCUUCUAUGAGCCAGUCGGAGGAAAAGGGUGACAUCGAGUGCGUUUACGAAGAAAACGUUCAUGUGUGA